GCACAAAGACCCAAGCGUAACUAUUAGAAUAUUCUAUACUGCUAACUGUACUAUAAGUUGAGGAUUAUUGUGUGUUUUUUGUCACGUCGAAAAUAGCUGUUACCGUAGGUCCGUCUCGCUUGCUUGAUCCGAAUGCCGGACCAUUGGUUACUAAUGAUUAGUACUUUAUUUUCACAAAAUGCAGACGCACUGUGUGAUGUUGGUUUUAACCAUGGCUGCGACGUUCACUGAAUGGGAUCACUUGGUGGACGCCCUGGAUCACCGUUAUGUUACGUUCGAAGCUGUGACAAAGGUUACCACACAGCUGUCGCAAGACUUCUGCACAACUUACUGGAAUCAUACUACAGUCCCUUGUAUUUUCUUGCACAAAUAUGCCGGUGCCACACUGGAAUAUCUCGCUUCACAAAUCGUCGACGCUGCUCAAUUUGUCGAUUCCGUUUCCAGUCAACGAAAAGAUGUUCCUGCAUGGCACGGAGCCGGUGGUCAGUUUAGCGAUAUUACAGAACGCCUUCGAACCGAAUACGCCGACACUGCUAUUUUGGCCGCGCAGAACGGCAGGUAUCCGGAAGCAAGGGUCCUCAUUGGUCAAACGCUGCAUCUGCUACAGCACAACGCGGUCGAUAACGAAACUUUAUCCAUACACCUAUCAGUGGAAUUUUUAAACAGUAUUAAAACAGCAGCCACGGUUACGAAUUUUGCACAACUACUGGGACUUCGUCUGCAGAGAGAUCUGGUGAUCGUCGUGGAUGUUAGCGAAGAAAACGCGAUACACCGUUUGGAAGCCAUCAAACGUCGGCUAUCCGAGUCCGACAAUACCGGUUUCGAUCUUUUGAACGAUGCAUCCAACAUUGGACUAAUCCGAAUCAUUGUAGUAUCUUUUACGAAAACACAAAUUCAGCCAGCAUUGGCGUUUAAUAGCUCCCGGUUAGCGCAAGACCAUAUUGGUAAACUCAUCAGCGACUGUUCUGCAAAAGUUGGCAUCUGUUCUGAGACAGUACUGGCCGGAGAGUUCUCCGCUAUGCCACUGCGGGCUGCACGAACGGCCGCCGAACUCGCCGAUACGUUGUCGACCAUUUUCUUGUUUUCUUCCCAAGAAAUCGACGACAGAGUGCAGCAUCGGCUGCAUAUAGCAGUGUUGAUGCACAAACAGCAAGAACUGGUUGUUAUUGGCAGUCGUGACAGUAACACCGGUACCACUUAUGGAAAUAAUCGUUAUCACGACACGGCCCAAAAAACCGGUGGUUACGCGGUGUUCUUUCCCGAAACACCCGAUCGCCUGUACGCUGCGACCGAACUGUUCAACCAACAUACCCGAGCAAAAGUGACCUUUCCUUUCUGUAAUUUCAACAACGAAAAUAAAUUACAGUUAGAAGUGCCUUUGCAAAUAUCUCAUAAUUACCGGACAUUUGUUGAAUGCCGGAUUGGCGGACCAAUGGCUUCGUCUUUUAUAGUGCGUAUUCUUGAUUCCAAUGGAGCCGUUGUUAACGCCAGUGUGACAGGAAACGACACGUCCACGUUAUGGGUGGAAUUUGUGGCACUGCCCAUGGUUGCUUACAGCGUAAAUGUCGAAGCUACAAAACCUGGAUGGUACUUGAAGUGUUAUGACACAUCUGCACCUGGCGAACACUAUAUGGGACUUUACAGAAAAGAAACAUUUCGUGAUCCACCAACCUAUGUCUCAUUGCAAGGGCAGCCGUUGAUUGGAGAAACACUAACAGUCCUUGUUCGUGGCAUUGUUGCGUCCGAGUCAGAUCUUCCGGUUUUGGAAAUAUUAUCCAUCACUGGUGUGGAUACGCUUGCUACAGCUCCAUUUGCCAGAUCCAAGGAAAAAUCUUUAGAAUAUUAUGCAGAUUUUGAGGUGCCAGCGUCCCCAUUUUGGGUGAAAGUGUCACACCCGGAGCGAUACCAGUACCAUGAUCGCCCACUCUUGCCAACAAUUUUUAACGCCUCUCUCGAUUUCUUCCGGCCAGUGGAAUUCUUACCACCUGGUGGAUUCGUCAAGUUGUAUCACCAGUUUACUACGAACGAUUCCUACUUUGUCCAGCUCUCGGUCGACGACAGUUUCGGGUAUCGUGAGCCUGGUCAAUGGAGCGAUAUCGAGCAUGGCGGAUUCGGCGGUGAUCAUCUAUUCUAUGGCACUUCCAAUAUAACCAUCCCGAAUGAUGCGCCGCUGGGAUCGGUGGACUACGUUGUCUUUAUGCUGAGUUCCCUGACAUACCAAGAAGAGACGUAUGCUGUGCAACCGAUCCUGAUCGCCAAUGGCUCUAAGCCAUUUCCGCCUUCUUGCAGGAUUUUGACAACGGACUAUUACGAUGAGUGUUCGCAACAUUUUCCUGUCAGUUUGGACUGCCGAAAUCGCCUUUGGCAAGCUACUGUAGUAUUCGUGGACGAGUAUGAUGCUUUUGCUUACAGCGACAUCAUCACGCUUUAUGAUGUGCGAUUCAACGGCACGGGAUUUCAGGAGGGUACCGCUAUGGCGCCGACUCUCCACAUUCCCAAUCGAACUGUCAUGUAUACCUCCAACUGCUGCGCGGUGGAACGUCGUUUACACGGGGAAGAUUCUAACGGAGUCGAAGGUGCAGCAUGUGUCCUUAGACAUCCGCAGUACACCGGUGUCAAUCCUGUACCGAGCAGUCAAUCCGGGAAAAGAGCCACAAAGCUUUCUGUUUUCACAACUCUCGCUGCUUUCUUGGUGCAGUGUAUUAUUCUCUUUAAAGUUGAAAAUGCUUAAUCAAACGUCUCCUAGGCCUAAUUACUUUUUAAAUGUACGAGUAGAGUAGGCAUGUGU